AUGGACUACGUUCUUUACAUCGGGAAUAAGCGCUACUCCAGCUGGUCCAUGAGACCCUGGGUCCUCCUCAGAGCACUCAAUAUUCCUUUCGAAGAACGCCUGCAAACAUUCGUCGCCGGCCGUCGUCAGCCCGCCUUCCUCUCCUUCUCCCCGUCUGGCAAAGUCCCAACCCUCGUCGACGAAGACAUCACCGUCUGGGACUCCCUCGCCAUCGUCGAAUACGUCGCCGAGGCCCACCCCUCCGUCUGGCCGCAAGACUCCAAGGCGGCCCGCGCCUUCGCCCGCAGCGCCGCCGCCGAGAUGCACACCGGCUACGAGGCCAUCCGCGACCAAUGCUCUAUGAACGUCGCGCUGCGCAUCGACCUCGGCGGGCCGCCGGACGCGGCGCUGCAGCGGGAUCUUGACAGGCUGGAGGAGGUCUGGACGGACGGGUUGAAGAGGUUCGGAGGGCCGUGGGUGGCUGGUACGGAGUUCAGCGCCGCGGAUGCGUUCUUCGCGCCUGUGGCGACGAGGGUUCGGACUUUUGGGCUGCCGUUGAAGAGCGCUGAGGCUAAGGAGUAUGUCGAGAAGUUAUUGGAGCAUCCUGCUGUCAAGCAAUGGGUUGAAGAGGGUAUUGCGGAGACGGCGAGGGAGCCGAUGCAUGAGGAGGACGUGUUGAGGGGGCGGAAGGUCAAUGAAGACUUGUCUGCGGCUCAGUGA